AUGGCGGUGUCCUCCACACCUGGGCAGCAGGAAUAUGUUCCAGACAACACAACGGAGACGAUUUCAAAUGGGACUUUAGUUCCGGAAUCUGUUGGCAAAGAUGAUUUACGUAAGUGGCUGAACAUCCUCUCUCUGGUCAUUGCCCCAGUCGGGCUGGUGGGGAACGGCCUGGUCCUGUGGCUGCUGGGCUUCCGCAUCCAGAGGAACCACUUCUCCGUCUACAUCCUUAACCUGGCCGCGGCCGACGCCCUUGUCCUUGGUAGCUUCUUUGUGUUCUACCCGUGGGAAACUGUUAAAGCGCAUCUCUUGUACCUGUUAGAGGACUGUAUCCUAUACAUGUUCUACUGUGUGAGCAUGAGCCUGCUGGCGGCCAUCAGCACCGAGCGCUGUCUCUCCGUGCUCUUCCCCAUCUGGUACCGCUGCCACCGGCCCAAGCACACGUCCGCGGCGGUGUGCGCUGGCAUAUGGGCUCUGGCCCUCCUAUUUUCUCUCCCAUUUCUUGUCCUUGAGGAUUACUAG